UGCAUGAUAAAAAAUAUGUUUCCUUUUUUCCUUCAGAUUUUACCCAUAAUGAAAUUUGUUCGUGAAUUUGUGAUAAAUAAUCCACUGUGUGUAUGCAGUGAUGAAAUAGCUGCAGUUAAAAAAGACUUGAUAGGUGAACAUGACAAAAUGAAGUUAAAACAAGAUUCGUCACAUGUUCUGUUGAAGAUCGUACAGGAACAAUACUUUAUGAAUCUCAAAAUUAUGGUGCCUGAUAAAUAUCCCUUGGAACAAGUAUCGAUUGAGGCUUCAGAGAGUAAUUUUCCGAACUUGUUGAAAGUUUUCUUUGUAGGACAAGCUGUAGAAAUAGCCAGAAAAUGUGUGCAGCCUCCUCUGAAACCUAAUAAAAAAGAUCCUCCAUUUAAGCCAAGAGUCUCGUUACGUGAAGUGUGUGAGUUUUUAAUCAAAGAUUGUGUGAAGAGAUACCCGCUGGAGAUAUGUCCUUGUUGUAAAGAUAGAGUAAUGUUACGAGAUCCAGAGGAAGUUGCGAAAGAUCCAAGGAAGAGGGUAGAACGUGUUUACUGUGGUCACCUUUAUCAUCAUGGAUGUCUCGCAAAAUAUAUGAAAACUCCACCAUUUAAAGAUGGGAAAUUUUGUCCCAGCUGUGGUAAAAGAAUAUUCCAUGACAAAUGGAAAGUAACGCCGGAAUUAGCAGAAGCGAGAUGGGCUCAUAAACAGGCAAGAGAAAGGGAGUUAGCGGAAGUGACAGACUUCCUGAGUUGAUGUUACAACAUUUUAGGAUAUUGUUAAAUGCUCUAAUAUAUUUUACCUUGUUAAAAAAUAGAAACAGAGAGGGUGAAUAAUGAAGUCUACCCCUUUUUUAAUGACCGAUUUCUAUCGUAUAAAUUUAUUUGAACACUGCUAUGAUAUCGCAGGUAUUGUUAACCCCUUACACUGUUCUAGAAUUUGUAUUAUGAAAUUGCCUUUGCUUUUAAUUUGGAACUAUCCAUAGCUUAUCUAAGGGACAGGAAUGCUAAAGUUUAGCAGACAUUAGUAAGUAUGUAUAGGAAGUCUUGGCUGAGAAAAUCUUGUAUGGUAUGCCUACUUAGCUUACAGGGAGAACAUCUGGUUUUGUAAUCCAGGUUUGAUCAUUGGGCGAAGUGAAAUUUCAUGACAAUCUUGUUGAGUCCAAUGGUUAUUUUCUAUCACCACUAAUUCAGAUAUCAUGUUGGAUUUAUAUCCGGUCACUUGUGUAAAAAUUCCUAAUUACUGGUUAGUUAUCCAGCAAAACUGGUUAGGUGGACCCAAUGCCAAGAAAUGACCAUAUAUCUUAUGAAAUUGGCAUAAAAAAUGCUAUUCAUCAUGGCACAUAGAGUUGAAGAUUCUUGGAAUGGUUGGCCAAAUCUGCAUGGAAUAUAUUUGAUAUUUAUAUGGAUUUUUUUUCUCUAAUGCUGUAAAAAAAGAAGAAAUCAAUUUUGAUUUGCAAAUAUUAAAUUCAAAGGAACUUGUGCAUGAUGAAAGAAAUAAUUGUAUUUUUUUCUCAUUUGAAAUGAUAUUUAAGCGAUUGUGUUCUAUUUUGUUUUUUGUUUAAACUAUUUUUUGGGAUGCAUAAUUACAUUGAGUUUGAGCCAAAGCAUGAAUGUCAAGUUUUAUUGUAAUCAAACAUAUUUAAUGAAUUAAAUUUUCAAUAUACUUUAAAUGGUAGCCUGCAAAAAUUGAUUCAAAAAUAUUUUUAUAUUCAUUGGAAUAAAGAUUGACAUCUACAUCUGAAGCUGAUUAUAACUGUCUGAAGUAUGUGAUGUGACACUUUGAUAUAUCUUAUUUCAAUUCUUUGUGGAGGCAUUUUGGUACUAAAGCUUGUUAUCUUUUAUGCCUUUGCCCAGAUGUAUAGAUAGGGUGGUCAUAUUGUGGUUAACAGGUCUGUUGGUUUGAGACAGGUAUGUUAAAAAGAUAUUUAACCCUGGCCAUAGCACUGCAGUCAUGUCUAUGAAAGCAAUAAAAGUCUUGGUCAUUUAAUAAACAUGCUUCCAUUUUCCAUUUAAAGCAUAACUUUGCACACAUUAAUUUUAUGCAAUUUGAUGCCUCUUUUUGCAAGACCCACUUAAAGGUCAAUGGUCAAGGUCACAAUGACACCCAAAUAUCAAAUUUUAAUUAUAUCCAUAUAACAGACACAGCCUUUAAUCUUCAGGGAUUUAUGCACCAACUAAAGCUUCAAAUGUCAAGGUCAUUGUGAUCCAAAUGGCAAAUAUUUACUUUGAUCAUAAAAUAAAACAUGCUUUCACCAAAAGCAUUCUGACUUCAUAUGUGUAUAUAUGCAUCUUGAUGUGCUCUACCCGCUAGACACACUUGGAGGUCACCAGAGUUUUCUGUUAAUUUGAAAACAUUUCAGUGGGGUAUGCUAUAAAGUUAUGCUCAGUAUGUGUGGUGGAUGACUGCACAUCAUACCUAGAUGUGAUUAUGAAUGUAAGAUUUAUGCCAUUUGAUAUAUGUUUUUAGUAUAUAAUCAGAUUUGAGGGCAGAAAAAAAUCUUUGAUUGAAAAUUUUGUAUUUUUAGAACUUGUAUUACAUGUAUUAAAAUGAGCGCUUACAGCUGAUAGAUUUAGAGCUGUUAUUACAAUUAUAGGCAUAAUAAAUAAUGGUAUGUGCUUUAAUUGAUAAAUAAUGUAAUGAUACUAGAUCAACAGAUAUGUUGAUAAGUUAUGUUGAUAUUUUUAUUUGUAAAGGCAUUUGAUAAAAUGAGAAGUUUCUGCAGGAUUUUUCAUCAAAUUUGCAUAUUCAACUUUUG